GAGGGGUUUACACUGGGAGAAGUUUGACACGAAUGCAGGCUGUUACUGGGAUACACACAUAGGAAGUGUGCGUACCAGUGCGGGAUAAACCAGUCUGGGUUUGUCACGGAUAGGUGUGCCUCCACAGGCUGAAGUUUGAUAUUAAUAUUUCUGGGAUUAUCAUUAAAACCCUCCAGCAGCUCCUUCAUGGAUCUUAAACUGUGUCUGCAUGGCUCACGGUGCUGACACUUUCUAGCGGUCAGCCUGCGCGGUGCACGCCGGGGCAAGGAGCCUCUCAGGCGGGGAAGUACAACACGAAGAGUCGGUGACCUACCGGAGCUUUUUUUUGUUGAUUUUCUUAUAUUGGAUAUUACUUUUUUUUUUUAACCGGAUCUGUUUCUGAUCCUCCCCCCUCCUCCCCUGGAGACUUCUGUUUUUAUCGGUGUGUCAGUUUCCCUGACAGUGAGUUUGUUUGGUGGGAACUUGCUGUCGUCGUGCCGGAUUUCUGGAGACCUGGAAGAGAAUAACCAGCACACACACCGCCCUGUGUGUGAGGAGUGUAUGUGUUUCACACUGAAGUAGAACCGAGCCGAGCCAAGCCAUGCCAGUGAGGAAGAAAGAUGCACAGCGGGCGCUGCUGCUGCUGGAGGAUUAUCGAGCGAAACUGCACAACGCAGAGGACCGGCAGCUCCGAGGCUCCAUCCAGAGAGUCAUCGACAUCUUCCAGAGCAACCUGUUCCAGGCGCUCAUCGAUAUCCAGGAGUUUUACGAAGUGACUUUAUUGGACCAGAGCCAGCGUUGGGGGGAGUCGUCGAAGCCGGCGGACCCGAUGGCGCCCGUCCAGCUUUGGGACUUCUCGAGCCUCCAGAGCCCGACGACCGCCUCGGAGACGCUGCCCAGCCUUAGCACCAGCAUCGAGAAGUACCGGCAGCAGGAUGAGGACUCGUCCCCUCAGGACUCCCCCCAGCUGACGGAGGAGGGUCCGGAGCUCGUUCAGGUGGAGGAGAGGAACCUGUCGCUGAUCGAGAACGUCCACGGAUACGUAACGCACGCUCACAUCUCCCCGAUGAAGGAAGUGGCUCUGGAGUCCAUCUUUGACGGUUCCUCAGCGUUCCUCCAGGAUCUCCCCUCCCCCUCCUCCUCCUCCCUCUGUAGCCCCGGAGAGGACAGCCCCCUCCCCUCCUGCUCCUCCAACCCCUACCCCUCCAUCCAGCAGGCAGACGCCCCCCCGCCCUCCUCUCCCAUAAUCCCAGUGAUCCCAGUCUCUCCAGCCGACUCCAUCAUCCCUCCGACGUCACAGGCCAACCCUCCCCCCGUGGUGGUCAACACAGAAAGCCUGGACACGCCUCCAUAUGUGAACGGGACGGAGGCUGACUAUGAGUACGAGGAGAUCACGCUGGAGAGGGGGAACUCAGGUCUGGGCUUCAGUAUCGCCGGCGGCGUCGAUAACCCUCACAUCGGAGAGGACCCGAGCAUCUUCAUCACCAAGGUGAUCCCCGGGGGGGCGGCCGCACAGGACGGGAGGCUCAGGGUGAACGAUGUGAUCCUGCGGGUGAACGAGGCGGACGUGCGGGACGUGACCCACAGUCGAGCCGUGGAGGCGCUGAAGGAGGCCGGCUCGCUCGUCAGGCUCUACGUCCGCCGGAGGAAACCCGUCUCUGAGAAAGUGAUGGAGCUCAAACUGGUGAAAGGACCCAAAGGUCUGGGCUUCAGCAUCGCGGGCGGCCUGGGGAACCAGCACAUCCCGGGAGAUAACAGCAUCUACGUUACCAAGGUGAUCGAGGGAGGAGCCGCCCACAAAGAUGGCCGCCUGCAGAUCGGAGACAAGCUGCUGGCCGUCAACAGUGCGUGCCUGGAGGAGGUGAGCCACGAACACGCCGUCACUGCCUUGAAAAACACUCCCGACGUGGUCUACUUGAAAGUGGCAAAACCCAACAGUGUCUUCAUGAACGACAGCUUCGCCCCCCCCGACCUCACCAACUCGUACUCCCAGAUCAUGGAGAACCAUAUCAGCCCCCCCACCUUCCUGGGUCAGCCCCUGCCCCCCCCGGCCUCCUCGGGAGGUUACUCCCCGACGCCCAAGAGCAUGCUGGGAGACGACGACGUCACCCGGGAGCCCAGGAAGGUGGUUCUUCACAGAGGAGCGACCGGGCUGGGCUUCAACAUCGUGGGGGGGGAGGACGGAGAGGGCAUCUUCAUCUCCUUCAUCCUCGCUGGAGGACCAGCUGACCUCUGUGGAGAGCUGAGGAAAGGAGAUAGACUGGUGUCUGUGAACGGGGUGGAUCUCAGAAAUGCGACCCAUGAGCAAGCAGCCGCCGCCCUGAAGAACGCCGGGCAGACGGUGACCAUCAUCGCCACCUACAGGCCGGAGGAGUAUAGCAGGUUUGAGGCUAAGAUCCACGACCUGAGGGAGCAGAUGAUGAACAGCAGCAUCAGUUCAGGGUCUGGAUCUCUGAGGACCAAUCAGAAGAGGUCGCUGUACGUCAGAGCGCUGUUCGACUACGAUAAGUCUCGGGACUCGGGGCUGCCCAGCCAGGGUCUGGACUUCCGGUUCGGAGAGAUUCUGCACGUUCUGAACGCCUCGGACGACGAGUGGUGGCAAGCGAGACACCUGAGGGGGGCGGCGGAGGAGACAGGGGUGAUACCCAGCAAGAGGAGGGUGGAGAAGAAGGAGCGAGCGAGAUUAAAGACGGUGAAGUUCAACGCUAAGUCUCGAGAGCGAGGGCAGUCUCUCAAUGACAAGCGUAGAAAGAACCUCUUUUCCCGAAAGUUCCCCUUCUACAAGAGCAAAGAGGCGAGCGAGGCGGAGACCAGCGACGUGGACCAACACGUGACGUCUAACGCCAGCGACAGUGAGAGUAGCUACCGUGGACAGGAGGAAUACGUGCUGUCGUAUGAACCCGUGUCUCAGCAGGAAGUGAACUACACGCGUCCCAUCAUCAUCCUCGGCCCGAUGAAGGACCGCAUCAACGACGACCUGAUCUCAGAGUUCCCCGACAAGUUUGGAUCCUGCGUGCCUCAUACGACGCGGCCGAAGCGAGACUACGAGGUGGACGGCAGGGAUUAUCACUUCGUGGUUUCCAGAGAGCAGAUGGAGAAAGACAUCCAGGACCAUCGCUUCAUCGAGGCCGGCCAGUACAACAACCACCUGUACGGGACCAGCGUGCAGUCGGUGCGCGAGGUGGCCGAGAAGGGUAAACACUGUAUCCUGGAUGUUUCGGGGAACGCGAUAAAGAGACUGCAGCUCGCUCAGCUUCAUCCCAUCGCCAUCUUCAUCAAACCCAAAACUGUGGAGAACAUCCUUGAGAUGAACAAGCGUCUGACGGAGGAUCAGGGCAAGAAGACAUUGGACCGAGCCAACAAGCUGGAGCAGGAGUUCACGGAACAUUUCACAGCCGUGGUGCAGGGCGACACUCUGGAGGAGAUCUACGACCAGGUGAAGCAGAUCAUCGAGGAGCAGUCGAGCUCCUUCAUCUGGGUCCAGUCCAAGGAGAAGUUGUGAGGCUUUUAUUUUGAAAGGAAGAGUCCGCCUGCAGACGGCAGCCCCCCAAAACCCCCCCCCCCCGAAGCCACCAGCGUCUCGUUUCAUUUUGUCCCCUUUCGUUGGGUUUCCUGUCCACAGAGCAAAGCACACAGGAAGUACGAUGACAUCACACUCACGGUACAGAUCCUUAAUGUUUAAGGCCGGAGGAAGAGGAGGAGGAAGAGGAGGAGGAAGAGGAGUUAGUUUUUGUUUGGUGUGUGUUUUCUCAGGCCGACACAAAAAGCAGAACUUUGCACGUUUGAGCUUUAACAGCAUGUCCGUUAAUAACGCCGUUUAUUUCCCAUCAGCCCCUUCUGACGUUUUCUUCUCCUGCAUUUCAACGCUUUGUUUUUAUUUUACACACACACACACACACACACACACACACACACACACACACACACACACACACACACACACACACACACACACACACACACACACACACACACACACACACACUUCUUUAUUUUGAUUUUGCUGCUGGCUGCUGCAGGAUGUGAGGACGCCGUGCAGAGUUCCUGCUCCGCCACCGGGGGGCGCUGUUUCCCUCGUUCAAUCUGGAAUACCUGAGGAACAAUAAUCACUUAAAAGUACAAAGAUAGAAAGUAUUUUUAUAAUUAUCUCAGAAUAAAAUACAUCAAAUAAAAACAUUUAAUUUACACAAAUAUAUUUUAUAAAUCAAAUAAAACUCUAUAAUUUAACUUAUUUUUUCGUGACUCCAAAAAAUAAUUCACUAAAUUUGUUGAAAUAAAGAAUUACUUGGAAAAUCUAAAUCACAAGAAAAACUGUCAUUAUUGUUAAAAAUGUAAUAAAAACCAAAAAUAAAUAAAUAAUCUCAUCUCGUUAUAAUUAUUAUUAAUCAUUUUCUAAUUAGUAUCCGUUGAUUUUAGGAAAAAUAUCUGAUAAAUAUGACGGGAAAAAAAUCCUAAUUAUUAGAAAAUAUUAUCUCAUAAUUUUGGAAAGUCAUCAAUAAAAUUCCCGAGAAAAAUAAUCAAUAUUCACAAAAAUAUUUGGGAAAAAAAAUGUUUAAAUUAUAAAUAAAACGCACAAUUUUUCAAAUAAUUAAAAUACAACUUUCUUGUUUCUCAUAAUAAUAAAAUAAAGUUUGGAAUAUUCUCCGUCUGUUCGUAGCGGCGUGCCGGCAGACGGUUGGCGGUGUGACUCUGAUUCUUACAUUUGGGUUUUUUUUAAUGAUUGUUUUCGCGGAGCGGCGCCCCCUAGUGGCGCGAGCUGGAACCUCGUCUGCACACGAUGUCGACCCCCAGAUGAUUUUAUUGUAAAAUGAGAUUUUGACAGAUAUUUAACCCCUCGGUAAACUGCCUAUUUUGUUAUAAUAAAAGUCUAUAUUGAACUUUACUUAAGCACUACUACUACGGGAAUUAUUUUCUUUGCAUUGUUAAUCAUAUAUGAAUAGAAAAGUAUAAAGAUAUUUGAAUAUAUAUUUUUUUCUGUUUCUUUGAUCACCACCUCCUCUGUCUUUUAAUUUUCUUUUUUAAGCAUAAUAAAA